UGAUACAUUCAAAUAAGAAGAAGAGCAAAACACAAGAACGCAUUAAUUAAUUGAUCAUUUAUUAAAAUCCACUACCAAUAAGUUAUAAAAAUGCCUACCGAAAUUGAAAAUAUUAAUCCUAAUGUGUACAGCAAAUCCAAGGAACGUGUAAUUACCAAAGAAAAUGUCGAUGAAAAUGUCAGCGAUCCUUUUGACACUCGGGAAAUAUUUGAUCUCAUACGCAACAUAAAUGAUCCGGAGCAUCCUUUGUCGUUAGAGGAACUCAGAGUAGUGCAAGAAGACUUAAUCAAAGUCAGUGAUGAAAAAAAUGAAGUUUUUGUUAACUUUACACCCACUAUACCGCACUGCUCUAUGGCUACUCUUAUUGGUUUAUCCAUCAGAGUAAAAUUACUGAGAUCUUUACCGCCCCGUUUUAAGGUAACCGUGGAAAUUACACCAGGUACUCAUGCCUCAGAAAAUGCAGUAAACAAGCAGCUGGCCGACAAGGAAAGAGUGGCAGCAGCUUUGGAAAAUAAACACUUGGCUGAAGUUAUCAAUCAGUGUAUAGCAUCUAGAGAAGUAGCUGCAGCUUAAAAAAAAAACCAUUAAAGAAUGUCGAUUUUUUUGUUUGUUUUAUUAAAAUAAAAACAAUUAAUUUUGUGUAAGGGAUAACAUGUUUAAACUUAA